CAUAUUUCUUGUGGCUAUAGAUCUACAUAUCACUGAAAGAAAAUUUUAUAUUCCUGUGGAAUAUCAUUCAGUUUCUUUAGCUAUUGCUUUAUUUUUCCUCAUGGAUGUUCUCCUUCGAGUGUAUGUAGAAGGGAGACAGCGUUAUUUUUCUGACCUACUGAACACCCUAGAUGCCGUCGUUAUUGGUGUGACCCUGCUCAUUGCCAUGAGUCACAUAUUUUAUGACAAGAAGAUUCUUAGAGAUAUCCCAAGAUUAGCAGUUUUACUUCGGCCUCUACGACUUCUCAUUCUGGUAAGAAUUUUGCAACUGGCUCAUCAGAAAAGACAACUUGAAAAGCUGACAAGGCGGCUGGUUUCAGGGAACAAAAGGCGAUACAGAAAGGAUGGCUUUGACCUAGACCUCACUUACGUUACUGAACGUAUUAUUGCCAUGUCCUUUCCAUCAUCCGGAAGGCAGUCUUUCUAUAGAAAUCCGAUUAAGGAAGUUGUGCGGUUUCUCGACACCAAGCACCCAAACCACUAUCAAGUCUACAAUCUGUGCAGUGAGAGAGCGUAUGACCCUAAGCACUUUCACUACAGGGUCCGCAGAAUCAUGAUUGAUGACCAUAACGUCCCUACUCUCGAGGAAAUGUUGUUGUUCACCAAGGAAGUAAAUGACUGGAUGGUCCAAGACCCUGAAAAUGUUGUGGCAGUUCACUGUAAGGGAGGAAAAGGGAGAACUGGAACCAUGAUCUGUGCCUGCCUCAUUGCUGGCCAAGUAGUUUUAAAUGCGAAGGAAAGUCUUUACUUUUUUGGGGAGCGGCGGACAGAUAAAAGCAGCAGCUCUAAGUUUCAAGGAAUAGAGACUCCUUCUCAGAACAGAUAUGUUAAAUAUUUUGAAAAACUGAAAUGUAGCUACCGAUGCACUCUCCCUCCAAGCAAAAUACUUGUGAUAAAAAAAUUCAUCAUUUAUUCUAUUCAUGGUGUUGGAAAGGGCAAUGGAAGUGAUCUAAAAAUACAAAUAGUAAUGUGGCAGGAGAUUAUUUUUUCCUGUUUUUCUUCCAAAAAUUGUAUGAUAUUUCAUGAUGUUGAAUCAGACAGAGUAAUAAUUAAUGUGUUCAACUGCCCAGCUCUAUACAAUGAUGUGAAAGUGAAAUUUCUCUGUCCGAAUCUUCCUAACUACUAUGAUGACUGCUCUUUUUUCUUCUGGUUUCAUACAGCUUUUAUACAAAACAACAGGCUUUAUCUACGAAGAAAUGAAUUGGAUAAUCCCCAUAAACAAAAAACAUGGAAGAUUUAUGGUCCACAAUUUGCAGUAGAGGUGUGUUUCGCUGAGACCCAAGAGCAGACUAUGGAGUAGAUGCUGAAUAAGUGUCAGUCCCCUUCUUGGAUAG